AUGGAGCUCAACAAGUCCGUGCACACCCCGGGCUACGCCAUCCGGCGGCCGAAGGAGGGCUUCGACCGCCUCAACGCAAACCGCACCAACUACUCGCUCGGCCAGCACCCGACGACGGAGCUCAAGACCGCCACGGCGGAGCUACAAAUGAAGCACCCUCGCGACCAGCCCCGCGUGGACCAGCCCGCUGUGGGGGGAUCGACGCUCCGGGACGGGUCCUACCGCCUCGACACGUCCGCGAGGGACAGCGUUCGACGCGGGGGCGGCGGCGGAGAGGGGGUGCUCGGGGUGCGGUUCGAUCUGAUCAACGGGCGGGAGGACGAGGGCGCUAGGGGGAAGGUCGCCAUGCGCACGGGGCCGCGGCGGACGCUGAACAACGCGGAGAAGGAGAUGCUGCAUCCGACGGACGGGUGGGGGGACGUGCCCGGGGGGAUGUACGUCGACAUCUUGACGGGGAAAAACAGGCGGAACUUCCACGUGCCAGUGCGAGGGGCUGGGGCUCCCGUCAGGAGUGAUACCGUUUCGGGGAGGACGCGCCCUUGGUAG